GUAAGACGGGGAAAUGUAUUCUCCUUGAAGUUAACUUUUUUUUUCCUUUCUCAAUCAACUUUCUGGCAGUUCACUUUCUCUAUCCUCUGUACCUCCUUAGUCACUGGGACACAUUCCAUUUUUUCCAGGAUCUACAACGAGAACAAUUGCAAAGACUGCUGCCAAAUUGUAAAAUGUAUCUUGAAAACAAUAACGACGUACCCCUUGUAAGAAAACUAGAAGUGGAGAGAACCCAGUCAUCUGCCUCACAGCAUGCAAGUUUGAAUGGACGAGUUGGCACGGAUGUUCUAAAUGGCGACUUCAAUGAGCUGAUAUUCUUGGAUAACUUUCAUAGGGCCGCUGACUCCAAGGGUGAAAUGGGGAAAACUUAUCAGAAUGGAACAGCACAAGAGUGUUGUGUCACACUUGGACAAGAUUUUAACUCCACACCUGUGCAGAGAGGGUAUCCAUUCAGUGUGACUCAGCUCUUCAACCCAAUGAAAGACUGUGGUUUUACAGAGAAAACACCAUUGCUUAAAGAUUCCUCAGAAAAAAUAAGGUCACAGAACAUACUUGACAGACCAAACUUUAUAUUAGGAGGAGAAUCCUGGGAGACCAGUUCAUCGGAAUUUGAACAAAGAUGUCGUCUUGGUAGUGAAGUUGGCAGUCUAUCCAGGUCUUCAUCUGAAAAGUAUGAGCUCCUGGACAAUCUUCAAGAGAAGUUUAACUCUUCCAGAUUAAGGUGUUUCUUAAAGAAUAUGAAGAUUGCAGGGCUUUUUAUUAUUGUAGUUGCCUGCUCUGUUCUAUUUAGCACUUACUCUGAUAAAAGCAAUCCUUGGCAGAUGCUGGCCCUGUCGUCUAUGGAAAACUAUUCUAUGAAUCUUACAGAUUUUAAGGACUCUGCCCUUCUAAAGUUGUCAGUUGAUGGGCCAUUUGCAGGAGAAUUGCUUGAUCGAAGAAAUGAAGAAUACAUUCUCGUUCAGAUUUCACAAAUUGACGAUCCGAUUUCCAGAAGGCGACGCCCUUCGCAGGUUAUUCACAACUGGACAUUGCCGUUGAGUUCACAAAGAAAGGAACACGUUGUCAGACAAAAAACAUUUGAAAUUCUGAACAGUGAUACUAUUUCAGUAAGCAUCCAAGCAUUUCUUCAAGAUACCCAGCUUGUUCCCUUGACAUUAUCCCACCAGUACCUUAGUGCAAGCAUUGAAACUCAAGUGACCAUCGCUGCAAUAAUCCUUACAGGAGUCUAUGUUCUUAUUAUAUUUGAGAUUGUCCACAGAACCCUUGCAGCAAUGUUGGGCUCUUUAGCAGCACUGGCAGCCUUGGCAGCAGUUGGUGAUCGACCAAGCCUAGUGAAGGUGGUGGAGUGGAUUGAUUAUGAAACGCUGGCCCUUUUAUUUGGGAUGAUGAUAUUGGUGGCAAUCUUUUCGGAAACAGGAUUUUUUGAUUACUGUGCUGUUAAGGCCUACCAGCUAUCUAGAGGAAGGGUGUGGCCCAUGAUCAUUAUUCUGUGUCUCAUUGCGGCCAUUUUGUCUGCGUUCCUGGACAAUGUCACCACAAUGUUGCUCUUCACUCCAGUCACAAUAAGAUUAUGUGAAGUACUUAAUCUUGAUCCAAGGCAUGUCCUGAUCGCAGAGGUAAUCUUUACUAACAUUGGAGGAGCGGCUACAGCUGUUGGGGAUCCACCAAAUGUAAUCAUUGUGUCCAAUCAGGAGCUAAGAAAAGUGGGACUGGACUUUGCUGGUUUUACAGGCCAUAUGUUCUUUGGAAUAUGCUUGGUUCUGCUGGUAUCUUUCCCUUUUCUCAGAAUGUUGUAUUGGAACAAAAAGCUUUACAACAAAGAACCCAGUGAAAUCGUUGAAAUGAAACAUGAAAUUCAUGUUUGGAGAUUGACCGCUCAGAGGAUAAAUCCUGCCAGCCGUGAAGAGACGGCAGUUAAAUGUCUCUUAAUGCAAAAGGUUUUGACACUGGAGAGCCUGCUGCGGAAGAAGCUUAGGACAUUUCAGAGACAGAUAUCACAAGAAGAUAAAAACUGGGAAACAAACAUUCAGGAACUCCAAAAAAGGCAUAGAAUAACUGACAAGAUUCUUCUUAUCAAAUGCUUGUCUGUGUUGGGAUUUGUCAUCUUUAUGUUCUUUCUCAAUUCGUUUGUUGCUGCAAUCCACCUGGACCUUGGGUGGAUUGCAAUUUUGGGUUCAUUAUGGUUGCUGGUUUUGGCAGAUAUCCAUGAUUUCGAAAUCAUCUUGCACAGAGUGGAAUGGGCAACUUUACUCUUCUUUGCAGCAUUGUUUGUACUAAUGGAGGCUUUGGCUCAUCUACAUUUAAUAGAGUACAUAGGGGACCAGACAGCAGUUCUUAUAAAGGCCGUUCCUGAAGAUGAGCGUCUUGCUAUUGCUAUUAUAUUGAUAAUAUGGAUAUCUGCCUUGGCAUCAUCCUUAAUUGACAAUAUCCCAUUCACUGCUACAAUGAUUCCAGUUCUUAUAAAUUUAAGCCAAGAUGCUGAUGUUGACCUGCCUGUGAAACCACUUAUUUUUGCAUUGGCCAUUGGAGCAUGCUUUGGAGGAAAUGGAACUUUGAUUGGGGCAUCUGCUAAUGUUGUAUGUGCAGGGAUUGCAGAACAGCAUGGAUAUGGAUUUUCCUUCAUGGAAUUUUUUAGGUUGGGAUUCCCAAUGAUGAUCGUUUCCACCACAAUCGGAAUGUGUUACUUGCUAGUCAUCCAUGCUGUGUUGAUGUGGAAUGCUUAAGUUACCAAGCCCAGGAGAUUCUCUGCUCUUUUGUCUACAUAUGCAUCAAUAUGGAUGCAUUCUUCUAAGUGGCACUGGUACCUCGAAAAUGUUGGCAUUCUCAACUGUUAAUAAAAAACACAUCCGUGAUAUUAAGAUUCCAGUUUUCAAAUUAUGUUUCUCCAAGCCAUGUUUGUAACUGGCAAUGCAAAUAUGGCUAGGAAUGUUUAAACUAAAAUAAUUUGGUCAUACUUUAUAGAGGGUAAUUGUGCAGCAAACUUAUGAGCAGCAAGUUAUAGGGAAACCAGUACAAUAUUCUGAUUAUUGCUAUUCAAGUAGUAGUUUAUAAUUGCUCCAAAUUUAGGAUGUUUUUGCCACAGCUGCUCAUUUUAUACGACACCCUAUCUUACAAAGUGGCCUAGGUGAGGUGGCCAUAUUUGUCUAG